AUGGGAACGGGUGAAGACACUGUUAUAGGUAAGAAACGUUCUUCAAUACAUGCAGAAUCUAAAAAGUUUGAACAAACAGAACAAAACAAAAAUAAUGAAAAUCCUGAGCUUUAAAUUAUCGGCCACCUUCUUUUAGCUAUUGCAAAGCAUGAGCUAGUUAAGAGCCGACGAGAAGCACGAGGCAGAACCCUGGAUGCAUUCAAUCCAUCAAAGCGUGGCCCGCCAUCAAUCGCUUCUCAUUUUGUCGCUCCAGAUUGCUUAUGGUGUGAUCGCCGUCAGGUGAGUAUCUUUCAGCUAAUUAACCACUACUUAGCGUUACUUAUAAGCCCAGUAGAAGCCUACCGCACGGUACCGACCGCAGAACAAGUCUAGGGCCAGCACCGAGGUCUCCGUUUGGCACUGAGCUGGGCCAAUGGAAGAUCAUCCCAAUCCGGGGACCCCAGGUGUCUCCCGAUUCGCCUUUGCAAACACAAUCUCAGUUGCCUGAGGUAAGUGGGUCAGCCGAGAACAUCAUACGGUUCGACUCAGCAGUCGGAACGCGAGAAGAUCUCCGACUGACCAGGCGGAAGAAGGAGCUCAUAGUCUCGUUAUGGUUAUAUAAUAUAAUAUAUUGA